GGGACGUGCUGGGAAAGCCCAAGCCCCGGGAGAAGAUGCCGGCCAUCCUGGUAGCCUCCAAAAUGAAGUCGGGACUGCCCAAACCCGUGCACAGCGCCGCGCCCAUCCUGCACGUGCCCCCGGCCCGGACUGGCCCCCAGCCCUGCUACCUGAAGUUGGGAAAUAAGGUGGAGGUGAGCAAGAGCGCCUACCCUAGCCAGAUCCCCCUGAAAUCGCAGGCGCUGCAGGAGCCGGCGGGGGAGGGGCUCCCGCUGCGAAAGAGCGGCUCGCUGGAGAACGGGUUCGAUACCCAGAUCUACACGGAUUGGGCCAAUCAUUACCUUGCCAAAUCCGGCCACAAGCGGCUCAUCAAGGACCUCCAGCAAGAUGUGACUGACGGCGUGCUCCUGGCCCAGAUCAUCCAGGUCGUAGCAAAUGAAAAGAUUGAUGACAUCAAUGGCUGUCCAAAGAACAGAUCGCAAAUGAUUGAAAACAUAGAUGCCUGCUUGAAUUUCCUGGCAGCCAAGGGAAUCAACACCCAGGGGCUGUCUGCGGAAGAGAUCAGGAAUGGAAACCUCAAGGCCAUCCUAGGCCUCUUCUUCAGCCUCUCGCGCUACAAGCAGCAGCAGCAGCAGCAGCAGCCGCCUCAGAAGCAGCACCUCCCAUUGUCCCCUCUGCCACCUGCGGGGUCUCAGGUGGCCGGGGCACCUUCUCAGUGCCAGGCUGGCAUCCCUCAGCACCAGGUGCCGGCCACGCCGCAAGCCCCGUGCCAGCCCCUCCAGCCAGCGCCACAUCAGCCAGCAAAAGCACAAGCCGAAAUGCAGUCCAGCUCAUCAUCCAAGGACUCAUCUCAAAGCAAAAUCAUCCGCUUCACUCUGGGUCAGAAAAAGCUCUCUAGACUUCCAGGCCCUACUGCAAGGGUAUCCGCUGCAGGCAGUGAGGCCAAAACACGUGGAGGGUCAGCCACUGCUAACAACCGGCGUAGCCAGAGCUUUAACAACUAUGACAAGUCCAAACCGGUCACCUCUCCACCGCCACCAGCACCACAAAGUUGCCAUGAAAAAGAGCCAUCGACAGCCUCAGCCGCCUCCAACCCAGGAAUGAGCGAAACUGCACCUGCCUUCUUGGAGAACAGCCCCGGCGUCCCUGCUAGCUGCCCCUCUUCAGCCAUCCCCCAGCCCGGCUCGGCCUCCAAGCCCUGGCGCAGCAAGUCGCUCAGCGUGAAGCACAGCGCCACGUCGUCCAUGCUGUCGGUCAAGGCCGCUGCGCCCGACGCCCCCAGGCCCGCGCCUGAAGCCAUGAAGCCGCCUCCCAACAGUCAGAAGUCCAUGCUGGAAAAGCUCAAACUUUUCAACAGCAAAGGGGGCUCCAAGGCAGGGGAGGGCUCUGCGUCCCGGGACGCCAGCUGCGAGCGGCUGGAGAUCCUGCCGAGCUUCGAGGAGACCGAGGAGCUGGAGGCCAGCGGCCGCGCGCUCUGCACCCCGGGCCCCGCGUCCAGCAGCCCCAAGAUUGCACUCAAGGGCAUCGCCCAGCGCACCUUCAGCAGGGCACUGACCAACAAGAAGAGCUCCCCCAAGGGCAGCGAGAAGGAGAAGCACCAGCGGGACAAGGACAAGGGCCUCGCCAAGAGAGUCUCGGUGGCCGAGAGGCCCGACCUCAAGGACGAGGCGCAGGAAGAGCUCAGCGCGGUGGCCGUGACCGAGAUGCCAAAAAAGUCCUCCAAGAUCGCCAGCUUCAUCCCCAAAGGGGGGAAGCUCAGCAGUGCCAAGAAGGAGGCCACGGCCCCUUCCCACAGUGGGAUACCAAAACCAGGGAUGAAGAGUGUGCCGGGCAAGUCCCCAAGUGCCCCCGCCGCUCCCAAGGAAGGGGAACGGAGCCGGAGCGGGAAGCCGAGCUCGGGGAUCGCCCCGCAGAAGCCCCCAGUGGACAGCAGGCAUUCCAGCCCCUCCUCCAGCUUGGCGUCCUCGGAGGGAAAAGGCCCGGCGGGGACCACUCUGAACCACAGCAUCAGCAGCCAGACCGUCAGCGGCUCCGUCGGGACCACCCAGACCACUGGAAGCCAUACCGUCAGUGUUCAGCUACCUCAGCCCCAGCAGCAAUACAGCCAUCCCAACACUGCCACGGUUGCUCCUUUCCUGUACAGGUCCCAGACAGACACCGAAGGGACUGUCACUGCUGAGUCCAGCUCAGCGGGUGUGAGCAUGGAGCCCAGUCACUACGCCAAGAGUGCACAGCCUGCUCUGGAGGAACUCACAGGUGAAGACCCCGAGGCUCGCAGGCUGCGAACCGUGAAGAACAUUGCUGACUUACGGCAGAAUUUGGAGGAGACCAUGUCCAGUUUACGGGGAACUCAGGUUACACACAGUACAUUGGAAACCACAUUUGACACCAAUGUCACCACAGAGAUAAGUGGCCGCAGCAUCCUCAGCCUCACGGGAAGACCCACUCCUCUGUCCUGGAGACUCGGCCAGUCCAGCCCUCGGCUGCAGGCAGGAGACGCCCCCUCGAUGGGCAAUGGGUACCCACCUCGAGCCAAUGCCAGCCGCUUCAUCAGCGCUGAGGCAGGCCGCUAUGUGUACUCUGCCCCCCUGCGAAGGCAGCUGGCUUCCAGGGGCAGCAGUGUCUGUCAUGUGGACGUCUCGGACAAGGCAGGAGAUGACGUAGACCUAGAAGGGAUCGGCAUGGACGCCCCCGGCUACAUGAGUGACGGCGAUGUCCUGAGCAAGAACAUCCGUGCAGACGACAUCACGAGUGGGUAUAUGACUGACGGUGGGCUUGGCCUCUACACGCGUCGCCUGAACCGGCUUCCCGACGGGAUGGCUGUGGUGCGGGAGACCCUACAACGAAACACCUCCCUGGGCCUCGGAGAUGCUGACAGCUGGGAUGACAGCAGCUCUGUGAGCAGUGGCAUCAGUGACACCAUAGACAACCUUAGCACGGAUGACAUCAACACUAGCUCCUCCAUCAGCUCCUACGCCAACACACCUGCCUCCUCCCGGAGAAACCUGGACAUACAGACUGAUGCGGAGAAACACUCACAGGAGAGGAAUUCCCUGUGGUCUGGUGAUGACAUCAAGAAAUCAGAUGGAGGGUCAGAUAGUGGCGUAAAGAUGGAGCCGGGUUCCAAGUGGAGGCGGAAUCCUUCUGAUGUGUCGGAUGAGUCCGACAAAAGUGUGUCAGGCAAGAAGAAUCCGGUCAUCUCCCAGACAGGCUCGUGGCGGCGAGGCAUGACGGCGGAGGUGGGCAUUACCAUGCCAAGGACAAAGCCAUCGGCUCCAGCAGCCUCACUGAAGACCCCAGGGACUGGAAAAACAGACGAUGCAAAGGUGUCUGAAAAGGGAAGGCUGUCACCCAAAGCCUCCCAGGUGACGCGCUCCCCGUCGGAUGCUGGCCGCAGCAGUGGUGAUGAAUCCAAAAAAGCCCUCCCCGGUAGCUCCAGGACUCCCACAGCCAAUGCCAGCAGCUUUGGGUUCAAAAAACAGAGUGGCUCGGCUGCCGGGCUGGCCAUGAUCACAGCCAGCGGGGCGGCUGUCACCAGCAGGUCUGCCACGCUGGGUAAAAUCCCCAAAUCGUCUGCCCUCGUCGGUCGGUCUACAGGUCGGAAGACAAGCGUGGAUGGAGCCCCGAACCAGGACGAUGGGUACCUGUCUCUCAGCUCUCGGACCAACUUGCAAUACCGGAGCCUGCCCAGGCCCAGCAAGUCCAACAGCCGGAAUGGGGCCGGGAACAGGUCCAGCACCAGCAGCAUUGAUUCUAACAUGAGCAGCAAGUCAGCCGGCCUGCCGGUGCCCAGGCUGAGGGAGCCCUCCAAAACGGCCCUGGGCAGCUCCCUGCCAGGGCUCGUCAACCAAACGGACAAGGAAAAAGGCAUCUCGUCAGACAAUGAGAGUGUGGCUUCCUGUAACUCCGUGAAAGUGAACCCAGCCUCCCAGCCCAUGCCCAGCCCUGCUCAGGCCACUCUCCAGCCAGGGACCAAGUACCCAGACGUGGCCUCUCCCACGCUCCGCAGACUCUUUGGUGGGAAGCCUACCAAGCAAGUGCCCAUCGCCACAGCCGAAACCAUGAAAAGCUCGGUGGUCAUCUCCAAUCCUCAUGCCACUAUGACCCAGCAAGGUAACCUAGAGUCCCCCUCGGGCAGUGGCGUCCUGAGCAGUGGGAGCAGCAGCCCUCUCUACAGUAAGAACAUGGACCUCAACCAGUCUCCUCUAGCCUCCAGCCCCAGCUCAGCCCACUCAGGCCCUUCCAACAGCCUCACCUGGGGCACCAGCUCAUCAGCAAUGAGCAAGGACGGCCUAGGCUUCCAGUCUGUUAGUAGCCUGCACACCAGCUGCGAGUCCAUUGACAUCUCCCUGGGCAGCGGCGGGGGCCUGAGCCACAACUCCUCCCCUGGUCCCAUUGCCUCCACUAAAGAUGACUCCCUGACGCCCUUUGUCCGAACCAGCAGUGUGAAGACCACACUGUCAGAAAGCCCUCUCUCUUCCCCUGCUGCUAGCCCUAAGUUCUGCAGAAGUACUCUGCCCAGGACACAGGACAGUGACCCACACCUUGAUAGGAACACUUUGCCUAAGAAAGGACUCAGGUAUGCUCCCACCUCCCAGUUACGCACGCAGGAAGAUACCAAAGAAUGGUUACGGUCCCACUCUGCCGGGGGCCUGCAGGACGCCGCGGCCAGCUCCCCCUUUUCCUCUGGCUCCAGCAUCACUUCUCCGUCUGGAACGAGAUUUAACUUUUCCCAGCUCGCGAGUCCCACCACUGUCACCCAGAUGAGCCUGUCCAACCCAGCAAUGCUGAGGACCCACAGCCUGUCCAACACCGACGGCCAGUACGACCCCUACACUGACAGCCGCUUUCGGAAUAGCUCCAUGUCGCUUGAUGAGAAAAGUCGAACCAUGAGCCGCUCAGGUUCCUUCCGGGAUGGGUUUGAGGAAGUUCAUGGAUCCUCACUCUCCUUGGUCUCCAGUACAUCAUCCAUCUACUCCACGCCAGAAGAAAAAUGCCAGUCUGAGAUUCGCAAGCUGCGACGCGAGCUGGAUGCUUCCCAGGAGAAGGUAUCGGCACUGACCACCCAGCUGACUGCAAAUGCUCACCUCGUGGCAGCCUUUGAACAAAGUCUCGGGAACAUGACCAUCAGGCUUCAGAGCUUGACCAUGACGGCGGAGCAGAAGGAUUCAGAACUGAAUGAGUUAAGAAAAACUAUCGAGCUGCUGAAGAAACAGAACGCAGCUGCCCAGGCUGCCAUUAACGGAGUGAUUAACACACCGGAGCUCAACUGCAAAGGGAAUGGCAGCGCCCAGGCUGCAGACCUGCGCAUCCGGAGGCAGCACUCCUCUGACAGCGUCUCCAGCAUCAACAGUGCCACCAGCCACUCGAGCGUGGGCAGCAACAUAGAGAGCGACUCAAAGAAAAAGAAGAGGAAGAACUGGGUCAACGAGUUGCGCAGCUCCUUCAAGCAAGCCUUUGGGAAGAAGAAGUCCCCCAAGUCAGCAUCUUCACAUUCGGACAUCGAGGAGAUGACAGAUUCUUCCCUGCCUUCCUCCCCAAAGUUGCCACACAACGGGUCCACAGGCUCCACCCCGCUGCUGCGGAAUUCCCACUCCAACUCCCUAAUUUCCGAGUGCAUCGACAGUGAAGCUGAGACAGUCAUGCAGCUACGGAACGAGCUAAGAGAUAAGGAGAUGAAGCUGACGGACAUCCGCCUAGAAGCCCUGAGCUCCGCCCACCAGCUGGACCAGCUCCGAGAGGCCAUGAACAGGAUGCAGAGUGAGAUCGAGAAGUUGAAAGCAGAGAAUGACCGACUGAAAUCGGAGUCUCAAGGCAGUGGCUGCAGCCGGGCCCCCUCCCAGGUGUCCAUCUCUGCCUCCCCAAGGCAGUCCUUGGGCCUCUCCCAGCACAGCCUGAACCUCACCGAGUCCACCAGCCUGGACAUGUUGCUGGAUGACCCUGGUGAAUGCUCGACUCGGAAGGAAGGAGGCAGGCAUGUUAAGAUAGUUGUCAGCUUUCAGGAGGCAAUGAAUUGGAAGGAGGACUCCAGACCUCACCUCUUCCUCAUUGGCUGCAUUGGAGUUAGUGGGAAGACAAAGUGGGACGUGCUUGAUGGGGUGGUUAGACGGCUAUUCAAAGAAUACAUCGUUCAUGUCGACCCAGUGAGUCAGCUGGGGCUCAGUUCGGACAGUGUUCUCGGUUACAGUAUCGGCGAGAUCAAGCGCAGCAGCAGCUCAGAGACCCCUGAACUCCUUCCCUGUGGCUACCUGGUAGGAGAGAACACCACCAUCUUGGUGACUGUCAAGGGGCUCACAGAAAACAGCCUGGACUCUCUGGUGUUCGAGUCCCUGAUCCCUAAGCCCAUCCUGCAGCGCUAUGUCUCCCUGCUGACUGAGCACCGCCGUAUCAUCCUCUCCGGCCCCAGCGGCACCGGGAAAACCUACUUGGCCAACCGGCUGUCCGAGUACGUGGUCCUUCGGGAAGGACGGGAGUUGACAGAUGGGGUCAUCGCCACCUUUAAUGUGGACCACAAGUCCAGCAAGGAGCUGCGCCAGUACCUGUCCAACCUGGCUGACCAGUGCAACAGCGAGAACAACGCUGUGGACAUGCCGCUGGUCAUCAUCCUGGACAACCUGCACCACGUGAGCUCCCUGGGUGAGAUCUUCAACGGGCUGCUCAACUGCAAGUACCAUAAAUGUCCUUACAUCAUUGGCACGAUGAACCAGGCUACCUCGUCCACUCCCAACCUCCAGCUUCAUCAUAACUUCAGGUGGGUGCUUUGUGCCAACCACACAGAGCCCGUGAAGGGUUUCCUUGGCCGCUUCCUGAGGAGGAAGCUCAUGGAGACGGAGAUCAGUGGGCGGGUGCGCAAUGUGGAGCUGGUAAAAAUCAUCAACUGGAUCCCCAAAGUCUGGCAUCACCUUAAUCGCUUCCUGGAGGCACACAGCUCCUCGGAUGUCACCAUUGGUCCCCGGCUCUUCCUGUCAUGUCCCAUCGAUGUGGAUGGCUCCAGAGUAUGGUUCACAGACCUAUGGAACUACUCCAUCAUCCCCUACCUCCUGGAAGCUGUCAGAGAAGGCCUCCAGCUCUAUGGAAGGCGCGCCCCCUGGGAAGAUCCUGCCAAGUGGGUGAUGGACACCUACCCAUGGGCAGCCAGCCCCCAGCAGCCCCAGCAGCAUGAAUGGCCUCCCCUCCUGCAGCUAAGGCCCGAGGAUGUGGGCUUCGAUGGCUACUCUCUGCCUCGGGAGGGGUCAACAAGCAAGCAAGUGCCCCCCAGUGACGCUGAGGGAGACCCGCUGAUGAACAUGUUGAUGAGGCUGCAGGAGGCAGCCAACUACUCCAGCCCCCAGAGCUAUGACAGCGACUCCAACAGCAACAGCCACCAUGAUGACAUCCUGGACUCGUCCCUGGAGUCUACUCUGUAGCCGAGGCCCCCUCCUCUCCUCAUUUCAUCCCGCCUGCAUCCCCACCUCAUCCUUGAAGAUGACUUCCUGAGCCAACCCCUGGCUGCCGCAGCCUCAGCCAGAGCAGAGCAGUGGGAAAACAGCGACCCUUGGACCCUUGGGAUCUGUCCUCAUGGACCAUCCUAAGCAGCCUGGGUCCCCUUCCUCUCAACACGACAGCUGUCCGAGCCACAGUUCUCCCUUCGUUUCUGGUUUGCCUUGUCGCUGUGACCUCCUUGAGACACUGAAGACACUCAUGGGAAAGGACCCUCUUCGUUGAGAUACAAAGAGGGGUGAGAUGAAAACAAGAUGAAGUAAGAUUCUACUUGGCGCUUUGCAACAGAGCAGCAUCCGGCCACAAGCUACCCCUGGACAGAAGACACUAGAACAGAAUCGGAAACACAGACAGCACGGAUUCCUUCAGCACAGACCCUCCAGCUCGGGUCCGGCCACAGCACCCCGUAGCCACGCCACCCACACUCCAUGGCAGAAUUGGUGCCAAGGAGGGUCUUGCUUUGGCCACCCAGGGAAGCCAGUUCACCAUGCUUCCCUGUCCGUCACAUGGUGCUCUCCUUCCCCAGCAGUCCUCUGCCUCUUCCAGCCCAUCCCCACCCCCUUUUAGGUCCAACAACCCCAAUUAUCUGUGCAAGCUAGUUUGGGGGGGUGAGAAUGAGUGAGUAAUGUGACUAUCGACACAGAGAAGAGCGUCUACUUCCUUGAGGUGUCUGAACGAGUCAGGUUUCUGUCUGCAAACACUGUACUGUGCAAAUGGUUCUUUGGAGAGAUAACCCCUGCCCACCUUUGCCUUUCUAGCUGGUUGAUUGUGAAGAUUCUUCUCCUUGCCCCCUUGGUCAGAGUCAGUCCUUCGGAGAAAGUGCGAGCCACAGGAGUUGAGUUUGCUUCGGUCCUCCUCGGUUUGGGUCUUCGGUGUCCAUCCUCACAGUUCCGCACCUGCUCUCUCCUUGCACUGGGACUAUGGCUUUUCAUGUCCUUAUAAUCGGAUGAGGACCCAUCCUCCUCUUGUGGGUGAACCUCGCCUUUCUUUCUCGUCUCUGAGAGCUGAGAACCCCACUUCGUCGCCUCAGGCACCCCAGAUCCCAGCUGCAGGUGGGGCUGGUGAUGUCCCCUCGCCAAAGACUGGCACAUUCCUCAGAACCAACAUGGUGCAGCUCAGUCAGGGAGGGGCAGCUGUCCCUCUCAGAAGCCCAGCCCUGCCUCCAUCCCGACCAGCCUUGCCUGACCUCUUCGGUGCUGACCCCCAUGCAAUGCCUUACUGGUUUUGUACUGACCGUGUCUGUUCACGUGAGCAUCGUGCCUGCCUGGUGUGUGUGUGUGUGUGUGUGUGUGUGUGUGUGUGUGUGUGUGUGUUCCCCAUCGAAGCAAACAGGGCUAUAAAGUCAUCUAUUCAUAAAGAGAACACGAGUUGUCAACUUCUCAUCCAAAAGACUCAUCUGUGUGGAUGCGUGACUGUGGGGACAAAGAAGAGAGAUUCUGGUUUGGUUCUGUUUCUUCCUUACACCCUUGUCAGUUUCCAGCCACCAACCUCACUGGACAGUGGUCCCAUAAGUCCUUGUGACAUUGCCAACCCGUGCCCUCUAAGAUGUCCUCCAGUGUGCCCUGGCCUCAGCCUGCUCAUGUUCCCUCUGCAGGGCAUGGAGCAUCUUUGACCUGUUUGUGUUUCAUAAGGAGAAUCUUCCCGGCCCCAGCGAGGGCAUGUGUUAAACAAUCAGGGUGUUUAGUUCAUCUUUUGCAGUUCUGUUCUGGAAAGUUUGUCUCAAGAUUCUUUUUCUUAUUUUCCUACCCUAAGAGCUUGACCCGAAACUGCUCACUUCACUUGGAACAGCAGUUUUCUUCCUCUUGGAAAGGAACAAGAGUGUGUCCUGCUAACUGGUGAAUAGAAAACCUCUACACACGGCCCCUUAACUCUCGGUCAAGCCAGGCUCUUCCCCAGCCUCCCUCACUCUUCUGGGUGUGAGUGUGUCUUGUUCUGGUUCUCUUGUUUUGUUUUUAAUGAAACUUUUAAACCAUAUGUUUAGCCUGUGACCAGGGCCAAACCCUGAGCCUUCUGGUGCCCCUGACAGGUGGCCCUCCUCAAUCUGUCUCCCAGCAACGACCGUACACUCUCAUACUGUGAAUCUGGUAGGUGGUGGAAUUGAGUUCCUUCGUGAGGGUGGUCUCCUCGGCAUCUUGUGAGUACACACCUGCUGAUGUUGUUUGCAAUUAUUGUUUGUAUUGAUACCCUUUCCCGACUGCCAACUCCCAGACUGCCCUCCCACCACUUCCGGGCUCAGUACCGAAACUCUGCACCUGCCUGACGGGCAAGCGGUGACUUAGGUCGCACAGCCCUUGUGUGCCUCCCAGCUCAGUGUCUUCCCGAGGGGUCAAGCAGGGUUGUCUCCGAGGCACAUUCUUACUGGGUCCUGGUCCUACUUUGACGUCACUGACCUUGGACAGAGUGACUUUGUACUCAUUUAGGGCUCUGUCUGAAUGCUUCCAUUUUGCCUUUUUCUACAGAUAGGCUAAUUUUAGAACAUAAGAAAUUCUAUGCAACGUUUAUGUUGAGUUACCAGUGGAAGCCAAAAGUUUCCUUCCCAAACUUCCAAGAAUGCCACAGGCCAUAAAUGAGAUGGGAACCCCUUUAAUUUAAGGUUGGGGUGGGUGGGAGUUGGGACAAGGAGCAAGACUUGUCUAGACCUUUGUCUGAUCUUGGGGAUGUGUUUAAUUUUAUUGUUUAAUGUUCAGACUUCAAAAUUCUUUGUACCCAAAUUUGACUAUGGCAAAUCUACUUCAAAAGGCAAAAUAAUCCAACUUCGUGGAUAGUAAAGAAAGGUUUGCUAUUUGAACCCACUCGUUUCCAGUGGAGCAGUUUAGGAAAUAUGUUCUGUAAGAUGUACAUUUUUUUCCCUUGUAACAUAGAAAUUGUAAAUAAUCGAUUAAAGUGCUGCAUUUUGAUGAAUUUUUUCUAGCCAUUUUUAAAGAGAAAACUAGGAAUUGAGUAUUUUGUGUACGGUAUGUUCCCAUCCUCCCUCCCCAUCACCCUCCCCUCCCCUCCCUAUUUAAUUUUCAUUUGUCAUGAGGUUUAUGGGUUUGCCAUGAUCCGCUGGAGAUCUGCCCCACGUUAUAGAGAAUAAAGUUGAUGAUUGUACCAGUCUUAAAUUAUUCAUGACUCAAUAAAAUCGAUGCUUAUUUA